CCAAAUUAUACAUCUGCCUUAACAAAACUUUCAGCACAAUUACGUGUGACCUCUGGAGUAUACGCUGAUCGUCCUUUUCUUCAACUUGACAGCGUUGUGAUACAAGUCGUCGCACUCUCAGUGCGCAUUCUGCACAUAAUGGCCGGCAAGUUGUGACGAGAGCACACUCACUCCGCAGAGCUCCCUUGGACGCCUUAGCUGCUUUGGAGCCUUCGACUGUGGUUACACAACUAACGAGAACCUUGUCUCAGAUAACGCCCUCCUCGAUGCUCCCACCCCCGGUUUCGACUCUCCUCAGCUCGACCCCAUCGCCAUGUCUCUCGCGCCCGAUUCUGACGAGGAAGAGGGCACCGCGGCACACCAGAGCCGCAGCACAGGUUCGGGGGAAGAUGGUCGUCCGCACACGAGUUCCAAGACCACACCUGAAGAGGAAGAUGAGGAGGUGCUCCUGAGAGAUAUGCCCAAGAAGACUGCCUUCUACGACCCCGUGGCGGAGCGCCAGAUGACGCAUACCGACGCGAAACUCUUUUACCAGCGCAGCCAGCUUGACCAGAAGGCCGGCGGACAGCCUUGGGCCUCAUCAGCGUACGGAGGCAGCGUUCUUGGCAGCCCUGUCAUGUCUCAUGUGGGAGAACAUCAGACGGAAAAAAUUCUCGGCACAUCCUAUGAGCUGCCAACCUCUGCAUGGCCGCAGGCAGGUGGCGACAGUGUCCCCGGUAGUGUCUCUAAGAAAGAUACUGCCCACUUCGCCUUUCCCAGCAACCGCAGCCAGGCCGGCAGCCAGCCCAAUGUGCCCAGGGUGCCCAGUGGUCUUGGAGUGAGUGCCCACGACGCGGUAUAUCAGGCACAGCUGGAUAUGAGCACGGGCGCGCCCCAGGGAAUUGGUAGUGCCUCCUACGUAGGCGCUGACCCGUCCGUCACAGCUGAGCUCAGCAGUAUUCUCAAAAAUGUCCAGAAGAUAUUGGACAUUCGAAACAAGUAUAUCCGGCUGUCUUUGCAAGGAACGACGGACAAUCCAAAGGACGAUCCGAGCUGGCCAGUCUACCCGCCUCCUCCACAGCCUGCCUGGGUGGAAGAGCAGGACAAGGGGGUGAACCCGAGCACCAGUGCCAACAAUAGCAUGAACAACAGCAUGACGACCCUGCCACAGGAUCAAAUUCCGGAGCAACACCCCAAGAGGAAGAGGCGCAAGCCUGGCGAGGACAUCGGGGAGGAUUUCGAUAUGGCCUUCUUCGAGCCCCUGCCUGGUGCAAGCGAGAUGACCUUUGGUCUUGAUGCCAACGGCGUCUAUCAGGUGUUCGAAAAUGAAGAGGCCCAAAAAGCCGACACCCCAGCUGUGAAUGUGCCGACCAUCAAGGAGUAUUAUAUUGACUUGGAUACGAUCCUGUCCAUCUCGUCCGAUGGUCCGUCCAAGAGUUUUGCGUUCCGCCGGCUGCAGUAUCUAGAGGGCAAGUACAAUCUCUACGCCCUCCUAAAUGAGUACCAGGAGACUGCCGAUACCAAGAAGGUGCCUCAUCGUGACUUCUACAAUGUCAGAAAAGUCGACACCCACGUGCACCACUCGGCCUGUAUGAACCAGAAGCAUCUCCUUCGAUUCAUCAAGAGCAAGAUGAAGAAGUCUCCUGACGAGGUGGUCCUUCACAGGGAUGGCAAAUAUCUCACACUGGCCGAGGUGUUUCAGAGCAUCAACUUGACGGCCUACGAUCUCAGUAUUGACACCUUGGAUAUGCAUGCUCACACCGACUCGUUUCACCGCUUUGACAAGUUCAAUCUCAAAUACAACCCUGUCGGAGAGUCUCGCCUGCGAACAAUUUUUUUGAAGACGGACAACCUUAUCAAGGGGCGGUAUCUGGCAGAGAUCUCAAAGGAGGUCAUAGCAGAUCUGGAAUCAAGCAAGUAUCAGAUGGUUGAGUGGCGCAUCUCGAUUUACGGCCGGAGCAUGGAUGAGUGGGACAAGCUCGCUGCAUGGGUGGUUGAUAACAAGCUGUUUUCGCACAAUGUCAGGUGGCUCAUCCAGAUCCCCCGCCUGUACGAUGUAUACAAGGCAAGCGGGACGAUGGAGACGUACGAGCAGAUCGUGAAGAACAUCUUCCAGCCCCUCUUCGAGGUGACCAAGGAUCCUCAGUCUCACCCCAAACUCCACGUCUUCCUGCAGCGCGUUGUCGGUAUCGACAGCGUGGAUGACGAGAGCAAGGUUGAGCGGCGUCUGUUCAGAAAGUACCCGGUCCCUCGGGACUGGGACACCAAGCAGAACCCUCCCUACAGCUACUGGAUCUACUACCUCUUCGCCAACAUGACGUCGCUCAACUUCUGGAGGAAGCAGCGCGGCUUCAACACGUUCGUCCUGCGGCCGCACUGCGGUGAAGCCGGAGAUGUGGAGCAUCUCGCAGUCGCAGCCCAGUGCGCGCACAGCAUCAGCCACGGCCUGCUGCUGCGAAAGGUACCGCUCCUGCAGUAUAUCUUUUACCUCGAGCAGAUCGGUGUUGCCAUGUCGCCCCUCAGCAACAACGCGCUCUUCCUUGCUCUCGAGAGAAAUCCCUUCUUCCAGUACUUCAAGCGCGGUCUGAAUGUGUCACUCUCCACAGAUGACCCGCUGCAAUUCGCGUACACCAAGGAACCACUGAUGGAGGAGUACGCGGUCGCUGCGCAGAUCUACAAGCUGAGCCCCAUCGAUAUGUGCGAGCUCGCAAAGAAUUCGGUCAAGCAGAGCGGAUAUGAGCACUCGAUCAAGCAGCACUGGCUCGGCCACGACUUCUUGAUCCCGGGAUACCGGGGCAAUACAAUGGUCAAGACGAAUGUGCCUGACCGGAGAGAGGAAUUCCGUUAUCGUACGCUGAGCGAGGAACGGCAGAUGUGA